AGUGACUGGACAAGCCAAUAACCAGGGAAUCAAUUGGUGAGAGUGCCUUUCGUGGGAAUGCUACUAUUAUCUAUUACUACUACACUCCGAAAUUGCGCGCACGUUGUUGGUGUUGUUGUCGUUCUAAUGCUCUGAUUCAUUUCCUAAUCACUGUAAAUUCACUCUUUCUAUCUUGCAAUCCAAUUCUCUUAUUCUUUUCUUUCUUCUCCACACUUCACAAAACCAAACUCACCUUAUCGUUCUUUAUUCAGAUUUCAAUCCUAAACAAUCAUGUCCCAAGGAGGAGAUAACGGGUCUUCAAAAUCUUUGCCAUUGACGCCAUAUGAAGAAGCAUUGGAAGCCUUGUCGUCUUUGAUUACUAAACGCACUCGGGUUGGUGAUGUCAAUAUGGAGGAGCGAUUCACCGUGCUAUUUCAAUAUUUAAAGAUGCUUGAGUUGGAGGAGGCAAUUUCAAAUAUGAAGAUUAUUCAUGUUGCUGGUACUAAAGGGAAGACAAUAGAGAAGAUGGUGGAAAAUAAACUUAGGUGGUUUGGGCAUGUAAAGAGAAGACAUGUAGAUUAUGUGAUAAGAAGAGUAGAUCGGAUAGAGAUAAAUCAAUCAACUAGAAGAAUAGGAAGAUCUAGAAAGGCUAUAAGAGAAGUUAUUAAAAAAGAUCUCGAGAUUAACGAUUUGGAUAGAAGCAUGGUCCUAGAUAGAACAUUAUGACAAAAGUUGAUUCAUGUAGCCGACCCUAUCAGCGGCACAUUUGGAUACCCCAAUUGUCUUAAAGCUAAAGUAGGAUUAUAGCUUAUACAACCUUUGGACCCAAUCAGCGGCACAUUUGGAAAACUCCCACAUUUGAAAAUGAUUUCUUCAAUAUUUAAUUUCCAGGAAUACCAAAUGAUGGACUUUUCGGUUUGUGACACCAAAGUCUUAGCCCAUUCGUCGCUACCCAAAUCCCCAAUGUAAGUGUUUGGUUUAAACAUAUGUGAAGUCAUCCAUUUGUAGAGCAACGGGAAACAGAAAUUCAAAGGACCACACUUUUGUUGGUGACGCAGAUAAAGGGAAAAGAGGACAUCAGCCAAUAAUGCAGGAACCGGAUUUGCUUCUUCUUUGAAUACAGCCCAAAAGACGCUUACGGCGGUGGAAUCAAUGAAGUUCUCAUAUGUCGGAAAUAAUACUAACCCAUAUACAAGGAGGGCUAGGACAUCUCGAAGAGCCACCCAAUCACGGGCUUUCUCUAAUCGGCUCGCCUCUUUUUCCAAAUAAGUCCUCCAAAAUCCUGAGAAAACCCCCUUGACCUUCCAAUUUGCACUCAUAUCAGAAAAUUCAAUGUGAAGAGCGGAAGCAAGGUUUUCAAGUUUAGGAACAAAUCCCAGGCUAGUGUAGGGCAUUUUUCCUUUCAAAGGCAUUCCAAAAAUCUUCUCAAAUUCUUCUAGAGUCGGAGUCAACUGAAAGUCUUGGAACAAGAAACAACGAAGUUCGGGAUCAUAAAACUGUGCUAAUGCGGUGAUCGCCUCUGGAUAAACUGUGACAUCCAUAAGAUCUAGAACCUUCCCAUAUUUCUCUUCUAAAGAUGUUCGGAAACGAUUGGAUAGUUUGCUUGCAAUUUCUUGUAAGUUUUCCACAUUUGGUAACUUGACUCUGAAUUGUAGAGUUUUCCUUUUGUUUGAACUCAUUCUUUCUUUCUUUUGCUAUGCAAAUAACUUCAAGUAAAUAAAGAUCCCUGAAAGCAAAAUUGAUGUUUGUAAAAGAUAUGAUGAUAUGAUGCAAAUGUCAUGUAUGAACAAAGGUAUAGGAUGGUAACAUAACAACUUAAUCGGGUAGGUCUCCUACAAUAAGAUAGUUCUAUAUUUUGUCUACCCAUAAAACCCACUCACAAGGUUGGUUCUAGCAGUUUUUGGAUAGAAUGGUUCCUAGAGGCAUCCAAGCAUAAUCAGAAUAUCGCCAUGCGACAGGCGAGCCAUCUUAUGACAAAUUCAUGAAUAUGCAUCCUCUAGGUGAGGUUAUUGUACCAAUCAUACAAGGAGUGCACCUUGGGGACCGAUACAUAACCUCUAUAGAUGAAACGGGUUCUAAAGGUCCUUGGAGUUAGCGACAAAAUCAGAUUUCGGUCAUGCGAUGGGCGAACCAUCUUAUGACAAAUCUCAUGACUAAGUCUCCUCCAAGUGGGGUUUUCGUAUUAGCCAUUCAAGGUGUUCACCCUGGGGACUAGCACUACACAACCACCUCCUAACUUAUGUUUUUUUCUCUUGUUUUUCAAAAGCUCGGGUUAAGAGCUUCACUCAAGCAUCGUUCCCAUUCCCACAGAUGAAUAUAUACAGCAACAUAAAUACAAACAAUAAAGCAAGAGUAAAGAAACAUAAUAUAAGAGUAAACAUAAAUAACACAAGAGCAAAAGAAUAAGCAUAAAGAACAUAUGAAUAAACAAACAAAGACAAACACUUGAACAUAAAACAAACUAAACUAGGGUUGACUCUCUUAAGAUUUCUAGCCUUCCCCAGCAGAGUCGCCAAUCCUGUAGCGCUAAAAAUUACUCGAGGUGUCUACACACUCGAAAAAGAACAGAGUCGCCACCGAUCUUUAUUUAUUCCAAAGUGGAAAGGGAAAAUAUCGAAUAAAACCCCUAAAUAAAACAAAUGAAUAAGACGGUCAUCGUAACCAAAUUAGGGUUCGGGAGUCGGUUAAGCAAGGGGAAGGUAUUAGCACCCCUUACCUCCAUCGUACUCGAUGGGACCCAUUUAGUUAGUUUUAUGAAUAAGUGUUUGCGUAAUGUUUGCGUUCUUUAGUUCUUAUGCUUAUUAAUCGAGAAAAGAAAAAAAAAAAGAAAUGUUUUUUAGGGUUUUUAUUAUUAUGAAGAAAAAAAGAAAAGAUUUUUUAUUAUUGUGCUCGCCAAGACGCUUGUAUCUUGUGCCUACGUAUUCCCUAGUGCAAUGGGAAAGUCAGAGCAAUCGUAGUUCGGAUAAAAAACUACGAUUUUGUUGGUUAAUUUUAUGAAGGAUGUUUAGUGUUUGGUUCAAAGGAUCAAAGGUAUUCAAGAGGUGUGCACUUCUUGUCACUCGAUCACUUCGAUUUAAUUAAGAAAGAAUUUUAAUAUUUUGAUUCAAAGGAUCAAAGGUAUUCAAGAGGUGUGCACCCCUUGUCACUCGAUCGCUUCGAUUUAAUUAAGAAAGAAUUUUAAUAUUUUGAUUCAAAGGAUCAAAGGUAUUCAAGAGGUGUGCACCCCUUGUCACUCAAUCGCUUUGAUUUAAUUAAGAAAGAAUUUUAAUAUUUAAUUCAAAGGAUCAAAGGUAUUCAAGAGGUGUGCACCCCUUGUCACUCAAUCGCUUUGAUUUAAUUAAGGUUUAAAACUUAAUUAACGCGUUUUAGUCCAAAAGAUCAGGGUAUUUAAGAGGUGUUCACCCCUUAUCACUCGAUCUUUCGGUAUGAUUAAGAAAGGAGAUUUUUGUGAUAAGAUUUAAAAUGGACUCGACAUUGGAUCGAGUCAAAUUUUAUUUAAACGAAAACUUAUUCUUUUGGUUUUUUAAAUAAUAAAGAUGGGAUCUAAACAUAAAAACAUAUUUUUUUGUAUUUUCAGUUAACAUUGGAAAUUAGAACAAACAUUAUAAUAAAAUCUAAGAUUAAAAAUAAGAAGGAUUAAAUAAAAAGUAAAAUAAAACAGAGGGGGUGUAUUUAAAAAAAAAUUGGUGGUGGUGAUGUAAUUAAAAAAACGCAUGGGCUUUAAUGGUUUGAGCCCAAAAGCUGGAAGCUGGCCCUAAGACCAAGAGCUAUUGGGUCGGGUCUGACCCGAAACCCUUAACCAAAAUCGGGUUUUGCCAAAGAGAAACCCUAAAUCUCAAGAAGCUCCUCUUUUCUCUCUCGUUUACUCACUCUCAUCUUCCACCUAUGCUAUUCUUACGGUGAACAAACGACAACAGUGACAAAAUCGAUGGCUUCUUCAUCUUUCUCGCUGCGAUUACGAACCACAACAUAAAAAAAAAUCUCUCAUAUGCAUCUCUCGCACUCGCAUAAACAACACUCUUAGCCUCUCGAUCUCACUCGUUCUCCCCGCUCGAUGGCCAUCUCACGCGAACAACAACAACAAAAGAAGAAAACUCUCACAUCUCUCUUGGUACCGCCAUUGAAGGAGCCUUCGAAGCUCUGGUAUCUCUCUCGGUUCGUUCUCUCACCUCUCAGUCUCGCUCUCGAUUAAUGAAAACAACAACAUAACGAUAGCUCUCAUUCGUCGCUCUCUCUCUCCAUCGCUUUUGUUUCAACUCUCUCACGGAGUCAAGGAUACAACAUCAAUCGAAACAGAUAGACCCAAAUCCCAUAUUAACCCUAAAACCCCAAUGAUCAGAUUUCAGAGAUAAUUACAUCAAAAGUAAAUGGGAAUCGAAAUCGCAAAUCGAAGAUAAAAAAGAGAAAGAUUAACCCAGGUAUGUUUGAUCUCCUUGCUUCCACUUUUGUUUCUUCUGAGUCUCGUGUGUGUGACUUCUUCUGUAAUGUUAUAUUGUUGGUUCUGUUGGUGAAUGAUGAGUCUGUGAAGUUGUGUUGAGUGUGAUUUCUGUGGUCUGUGAAUGAGGUUGUGGUAUCAUGUUGAGUAAUGGUUGUUAGAAGUUUGUAGGUGUUGAGAAUGUAUUGUUUUUGUGAAGUUGGCCGGAUGAAGGUUAGGGGAUGUAUGAAGAAGGGAGAGUCUGAAUGGUUGAAGGGAUUAAGGAGAUUUUGGCAGAGGUUCUGUAUGGAAUUUGUUGGUGGUUAUGCUCAAAUAUCUCAGAAUUUCAAUGUGAAAACUGAGUAUUUCUUGGUAUAUUCUUGAGCUUUAAGUGAUAGGUUAGGGUUUUCUUGAAGUGAAAGUGGGGGGCUGCCGAUUUCUAGGGUUUUUUCCCGCCUCCCCUUCUUGUUGCUUUUGCUCUGAUUUAUAUAGCCUCUGAGAGGUGGAAUUGGAGGGAGAAUAGAACAAAGAUUUUGAAAUAAAAAUCAGUUUUGGUGUCCUGACCUAUGCUUUCUGUUUGCAGAUUAUUGUCUUGCCAUUUAUGUGCAAGGUUUAGGGCAGGUUGGACAGCAUCCUUGGACUGUUUUUUGUGGCACUCGAGACAGCAGCAAGUUUGGAUGAGGACAAAGCAUUAGCUAGGCAACAGGCUUGUGGGUAGCUGAGAUGCUUUUGGGCAGUUCUUUUGUAACAAGCAUUUGGAUUACUUUUUGAAUCAAGUUGUGGAUAGAUUAGGGAUAUUUGAAGUGGAUGUAAUUAAAUUGUGAAUGGAUGUAAUUUUGUAUGGAAUUUGACUUUUGAAUCUUGAAAUAAUGAACUCAAAUUUGAAACUUAGAACUUGCAUUUUGAUGUAUGUUUUGAAUACCCUUGAAUACAUGAACACCUUUUCGACUCAAAAUAAUUCAUACAAAUGCUUUCCUCAACUUGCACCUUUGAAUUAAGUCUUGAGAAUUUCAAACCUCGCAUUACAUUUCUUGAAUUUACCACAAAAUAUGCCUCGCUUCGAGGUAAUUCGUAUGAUUUUGAUCUUGAAAAUAUUUUUAAGAUGUUUUCAUCUUAAUAAAAGUGAACAUCUAAGUUUUGGACUUGCAAAUGAUGAAUAAAGUCGAACUCUUUGUGAUUCUUAAAUGAAAUUUGAAAUCUCGAUGAAGGUCAUGAACUUUAUCCAAGUAACUUGUAUUCUAAAACAUUCAUGUAAAUGAAUCUUCCUAUUUUAACUUGAAUCACACUCUUUAAAUCUUCAAUUCAAAUCCAAAAUGACUUGCAAACAAACGAGUAAUUGAAUAGACAACAAGAUCUCGUCAAAGAAAUCAUAAUCUUAUCCUUUUUGUGCAAUUUCAUGAUUAAAGAACCCUAAACUUUAAUUGAAUUGCAAAAUUCAGUAGACAAACAAAUCUCAAAUCCAUAGCUCAAGUAACAAGAAACACUUUGAUUAAAUGAAACUUCAAAAUAAAACUCAACCAACUAACAAGUAUCAUCACAAGAUGAAAGUCUUGAUUCAAUCCUUUAAACUCCUUAAAAUUAUCUCAAGACAAACAAACGGGAGAAACCCUAAUUGACGAACUUGCAAUGAAGAGAGGGUGUGGUCCUUGUAGCUUGAUGAAGAAAUCUCUAAUAACCAUAAUUCAAAACCCUAAUUCAUGUGGACCACUACUCAAGAGAAGAACCAAAUGAAUCUGCUUUAUUUGGAGAAAAAGUCUCAAAACCACCGUGAAACCCUAAAUUGCAUAAAUGUUGUCCAUUUGAAAUCAUGCCUUAGUGAAUGAAUGACAUGCAAAUGAUCUAAUGGACCGAAAUGUAUGGUCAAAAAUUGGGGUAUGACAGAUGCCCCUAUUUAAGUGUCUUCAAUCUAGAGGCAUGAAGAUUGAAAUCUUCGUCUCGAUGUGAUUGAAGGGACUUAAAUACAAAAAUACACAAUUUUUGGCUUUAAGAACUGCAUAUAUGCAUAUGAUAUGAUAUGUAUAAAUGCAUAUGAGGAAAAUUAAUGGUACAAGGUGUCACAAGAGACAAAAUGCCACUAAAGAAACAAAGUAAAAGACAAAUGAACUCCACAAGGGAAUAUCGACAAAGCGACCCAACUAGGGAAGGGAUUACAAAAAAAGGGAUAUCCAAGUCCGCUAGGAAAUGGAAUCCAACUCCACUAGAGAAGAGAUUACAAAUCUACAGGGGAAAAUACCCCCACUUGUAGAGAAACAAAGGAUGCACAGACUUUUACUGAAGGUGAACUACCGACUUUUACUGAAGGUAGAGAAACAAGAGAUACACCAACGUUUACUGAAGGUGAACUACCGACUUUUACUGAAGGUAGAGAAAUGAAAGAUACACCAACGUUUACUGAAGGUGAACUACCGACUUUUACUGAAGGUAGAGAAACAAAAGGAUCACCGACGUUUACUGAAGGUGAACUACCAACUUUUACUGAAGGUAGAGAAACAAAAGAAUCACCGACGUUU